AUGUCGGACCUCGCAACGGCGCCCUCACCUUCUUACCCUGGAGCCCCAGGGCUCACCUACUUCACGCCGGCCACCAACCCUGGCGCAGCUAUAAACCCAGCAGCCAAGGAAACACCAACCCUCUUUCGCCCGCUCACAAUCCGCUCGGUAACGCUCAAGAACCGCGUUAUCGUCGCGCCAAUGUGCAUGUACUCUGCAGAGUCCGACCCAUCCUCACCCUCAGUCGGCGCCCUGACGGACUUCCACAUGGCACAUCUGGGCCACUUUGCACUGAAGGGGGCAGGGCUGGUCUUCACUGAAGCGCUCGCUGUCCAGCCGAAUGGACGCAUCUCGCCGAACGAUGCGGGAAUCUGGCAAGAAGGUACUGAGUCAGAGCAAUUCAAAGGUCUGAAGCGCGUUGCGGAUUUCGUACACUCCCAGGGCGCAAAGUUUGGUGUGCAGCUGGCGCACUCCGGGCGGAAGGGAAGCACGGUUGCGCCGCCGCUGGCUGCGUCAAGAGGGGUGAGGGCUCUUAAGGCUGAUGAGGGGGUGUUUGGGUGGCCAAAGGAUGUUGUUGGCCCGAGUGGCGGGGAGGAGAACAAGUGGGAGCCUGGGAAUAUAUCAUACUGGGCUCCUCGGGAACUGACCGUGGCAGAGAUCCAGGAGAUCGUCAAGGCGUUUGCGAAAAGUGCAGAGAUUGCCGUUAAGGCGGGUGUGGACGUGAUUGAAAUCCACGCUGCGCAUGGCUAUUUGGUGAAUGAGUUCUUGAGCCCCGUGACGAACCGUCGAACAGAUCAGUACGGAGGCAGCUUUGAGAACCGCACGCGGAUCCUGCGUGAGAUUGCGUUGGCGAUUCGCGAGGUUAUUCCAGAGGGGACGCCUCUGUUUCUGCGUAUCAGUGCGACGGAGUGGAUCGAGGAUCAGCCUGCUGCUAAAGACUUUGGAUCCUGGGAUUUAAAGGCCAGCAUCGAGCUGCUGAAGGAUCUGCCUGAGUUUGGAGUGGACUUCUUGGAUGUGAGCUCGGGGGGCAACCAUAAAGAUCAGAAGUUUCAUUUCUUCACGGACUACCAGACCGAAAUGGCCGCGAAGCUGCGCAAGGAGCUCAGGGCUUCUGGUGCAAGGACACUUGUCGGCGCUGUUGGGUUCAUAACGCAGCCUGAUGCUGCGGCCCAGAUUGUCCAGGGAGCUGAUGAGGAGGGCGUUGAGGCCAAGGCCGAUGCCGUGUUAAUAGGGAGGCAGUUCUUGCGUGAACCAGAAUGGGUCCUGAACGCGGCGAAGAAACUAGGUGUCCAGGUUAAUCCCCCUAUUCAGUUUGGUCGCGCGAUGUGA